CACCGUGAUCAUGUUUUCGCGUGUGUCAGCGGCGCUGGUGGCUCUUCAGGUGAUUGUCGCGGCUGGGUCGGACAAUCUUUACAGCGUGAGAAGAGGACCGCUUUACAUUCGACUGCCAGCACCUUACUCGAGCAGCCACCCGCAGUGUUUUGACACCCAAGUGAGCCGGUUUUACGACGUAGGCGAAGUCUGGUCGUCAGCGUACUCUGCGUGCAAGCUGAACACGUGUGUCAACAUCGGAGGGGUUCUGCACGUGGAGCGCUACUCAUGUCCAUCGGUUACCAAGAACGUGGACUUCACCAGGCUCAAGGCGGGAAACCUCUACUGCCGCCAGGCCUGGGGCAAUCGAAACAAGGCGUAUCCUGACUGCUGCCCCAGUCUGCAGUGCAAGCACUACGUGAAGGGAAAGCUGGAGCCGCUGCCCAAACACAUGUACCCUUACCUGUGAUUGUCGAAGAGAAUGGUGCUUUACUGGCAUACUCGUAUGUAAGGUGAUGAAUGCGUGAAUACGUUCAUCGGUGACUGU